AUGGCAGAAGGCCCUAGGGCUCAUCAGCCGCCACCUUACAGUGGGGGUGGGGGCUUUGAACCUCGAGACCCACUGGACUGCUGGGCCUGUGCCGUGCUGGUCACAGCCCAGAAUCUGCUUGUGGCUGUCUUCAACCUCUUGCUGCUGGGUGUGGUGUUAGGAACAGUGCUACUGCCUGCUGUCCUCAUGCUGGGCUUUGGCUUCCUCUGCCACUCAAAGUUCCUGCGCUCUCAGGCACCCCCCUGCACUGCCCACUUACAGGACCCAGGUUUCACAGUGUUGCUGGUAGUGGGUUUCCUGCUCCUGGUGCCUUUGCUGAUUCUUGCCUUAGCUGGUUACCGCCGCCUCUACUGCCGCCUCCGCCUUGCUGACUGCCUGGUACCUUACAGCCGGGCCAUCUACCAGGAUGGGGGACUCCCCCACCCCCCAACUCUAGGAGCCCCACAAGCAUCCCAAUCCCUCCCUACUGCCACCGGCAAGGUUUGGGUCUGAAAGGGAGCUCCUUUCCCCAAUUUAGGUAGGAUCCACCCUAACUGCCAACGUAAACCUCUAGGAGCCUGUGUUGUCUAGGGAGUAGUAGAAAUCCAGUCCUUACAUCUGGAUAAAUUCCUUGUCCGAAUCAGACUUAAAGGGAAACGGAACGUUUGGAUUGGUCCCAAUGAAAAACAUCCUUAAUCUGGACUAAACAUGAAAAAGCCCCAUCUUUGGACAGCCUCUUUCCCUUCCCUCGUGUACAGCUGAACUCUCCUCCAUGCACAUUUGAACAUGGGGACUAAAUGAGCUAUUGGGGGGUUCAUGAAUAAAAGAUUAAUGAAUCAGUCUCA